AUGGCGAUAGAAUUCUCAAAUUUAGAAUGUUUCCUCUCGCGGCAGUCGGUUUGUGCAAAUUUACAAAAAGUUUUUGGUGGUUUAGUUGUUGGUGGCCUAAUAGGUGUUGUUAUUUUGGGAUUUGGGUUCGCGGAUUUGGAAUCUUGUGCUGUUGCAAUUGUAAUGGCAGUGGGUAGCAAAAAUAAGAAGAGAAAAGGAUUAGUUUCUACCUUUGGUCAUAAAACAGUCAGAAAGGUACAGUCAUCUUUGUUGCAAGCAUUAGAAGUAAAGACUACAAAAACAAGCUUACCAAGACCUUCCAAGGAUAUAAACGAGUGUCAGCUAACACAGGCAGGAUCGGAAAAUGACGAGGAUUCAUUUGUAACGUCACGGACCAAUAUUAAUGUGUCACUUCCAAGUAAUUCCUCUGGUAGUUAUGUGACAGCUUUUUGUGAAAGUGGUGCUUCCAGUGAAAUGUUCAGAGUUAUGUCUCCAACUGCAUCUGUUUCUAUAGAUGUGGGCGAAAAGUCCAGGAGACAAGGAAGUUUUGACGCCGACUCUGGAAAGGGUGGCUCACCCCCACCGCUGCAACAUGUUUAUGUUGAUAUUUCGGAUUUGGAAAUGCAUGAUGAACAUUUAAAAUUAGAGAAGUAUGGACUUUCAGAGACAACAGCAUCACCAUUGCUAUCCCACGUGUCACGGAAGAGUUCACUCGAAAUGUUGAAUAAAGAAUCUAGAACUGUGCAGACCAUCUUAGAUGAGCUUCAGUCUGAGGCAAUCAGUGACGAUGUAAAGGCAAAAGAUUUAGCUUCUUUAAAUCGAGUUAUACUUCAGUGCAAAGACUACAUGCAGCGCUGUUUAGUACGACAGGAUUUAAUGUCACUGGGCUUAUUCACUGCACUACCUAGGCUGAUCGAAUCACGAAAUCGAGGAAUAGAAUCAGAACUGGAAAUAUUUUUUGCUAGUGAAUCCAAUGACAAUUUAUUGGGCAGUGGUACUCGUCAUCCAAUCGACAUCUUCCAGGCGGCAUACGUGAAAAUGAAGUACUCAAAAUCUGCUGAGAUUUUGCUGGAUAUAUUAGAGCUUAUCUCAAAAAUUCAACCAAGUGGCGAGAGACUUCACGGUGUACUCCACUAUCUUCAAAGAGGUUACAUGCGAAACGAAGAAGUGCAAACUCAAGAGGUGGGAGAAAGCGAUUCAUAUGGUGCUUUACCUUCUCAAAAUACUAUCAAGAGCAAUAAUGUUCGGGACAACUUAGUGCUCAAUGAAUUCUCGCCAAUGCCACAGCCAAUAAGACGACCGCGGUCAACUUCUCGCAUGAAACGCUCCAGUGGAAGUCGACAGAUCGAAAUUACAAAUAUUCCAUUCAUUGAUGAUGAAGCUCCUGUGGUAUCUCCUAGCAUAAAAUUAGACGAAAAGGAUGAGGAAAAAAGUCACAAUUUAGAAGAAUUACCAAAGUCGCUACAAUGUUUGCCGCCUAUUGAGAAACAAAGUACAGGGAAGCCACCAUUAACUUCUAUACCUCCUCCACCACCUCUGCCUCCACCCGCUCCUGAGUUUCUGAAUACUUCACUUGUAAGACAAACGCCGGUUACUGAAUCAUCAGUUAUCGUCAAAUCAGUUUCCGUAUACAAGAAGGCAUGUGCGACUAAUACAGUUGCAUGGGAGGCAGUGAAGCCGGAGAUGGUAGUGACCAGACCGACCAUUUGGAGUGAUCAAAGUGGCAUUUAUGCAGAAUUUAAUCAGCAAGAACGCGAGCGACUGGAAAAAGUUUUUGAGCGGACACAUGCAUGCAAUUUUCGUACUACCACGACCCAACAGCGAAUACGAAAUAUCAGUGAUCAUAAAAAAGGAGCUGAAGCAAUUGGUGGUCUUACGGAAAAGCGGGCGCUCAAUUUGGGUAUCGUCCUUGCACGAUUCCGUCCACUUACACUGGAACAGUUGAUACAAAAAAUGGAAUCUCUUGAAAUUAGUAAUCUUUCUCACGACUAUUUGGCUUCUCUUCUUAAACACUUCCCAUCACCCGAAGAGUUCACAUAUUUUGCAAAAAUGAAGACCCCUGAUAAUUUGAAAGAUGCCGAACUAUUUUGCUUCUUAGCUGCUCGAAAACCACUAUUGAAGCUGCGUAUCGAAUUGAAAGUUCUUUCUGACAAUAUAGUGAACGAUCUUGCACGACAGCUUGAUUGCACCCGUCUUCUUUUGACUGCAACUGGUGAACUUUACAACUCUGCCUCCAUCAACGCCUUUUUUCAUCGCUGCUUGCACUAUGGAAAUUUCUUGAAUCAAUCAACUUUCGCGGCCGGUGCUUCUGGAUUUGCAUUGUCAUCAUUGUUGUCUGCUCUGAACACAAAAGGAAGUGGUGCGGCAGCUAAUACACGUCUUGUUGAUGUUUUGGCGGAAUAUGCUGAUGAAAAUUUGCGAGCUGUUGUGAAAGUCCUAGAUUUUUUGGAACCUGCAAAGAAAUACUCUAUUGACGACUUGGAGAAAUCAGAAGCAUCACUUCGCCAUUCUUUGGAAAUGUCUUUAAAAAGUCUGCAAGAAUGUGGCGAUCGUGAACUUUAUGUGCAUUAUUCUCCCAUCAUCAUGGAUUCCACAGCAAAAUGUGGACAAUUAGCGCGAUCUAUCAAAAAAGUACGUCAUAAUGAGAUUUGCUUGAAAGAAUAUUAUUGUGCUUCGCAGUUGAGUUUGGAAAAUAUCAUUGAAACUCUGAGCCAGGCUGUUAGACUUUUCCAGGACUCGCUUAAUAAAGCAGAAGCACGUGCUGCUCGUACCCAACGAAUGCAGAAGCAGCGUGUUAGUGCUGGUCAUGAUACCGCUGUUCGCGGAAGUAGACGUCGAAGAGGUGAUCGAAUUCGAACUUUUGAACCUCCAAAUGUGAAGGAUCUCAUUAACAUAAUUAAUUCAAAUGAGUGCCGUUAG